UCAAGAAGCAUUUGAUGGCAUCGCUACUCAAUGCAUGGAGAAAGAUGCCGGUCGUCUUACUAUGGCUAUAGUAUCAGCUUCGAAUGCUGUAGAAAUGAUAAUCAACUGCAGUGCACAGGCUGUUUGCCUCAUUGCAACUUCAGAAUCUGAAACGAGUUUGGAGGCGAAAACCCGGGAAGCAACAGUAGUUGCUGUACAAGAUCAGAAUCACACAGCUCAACAAGCACUUCUCUCUCUUGCUCGUCAAUUACUCUUAUUUGCCUUCAGUCUCUUCUCUUCUACCAAAUCCUUACUGUUCAACCUCAGUGAUACAAACGCAUGGCUCCUUCUGAGCAAACAUGGUGCAGGCCUUUGUGACUCAACAAGCUCUCUAGCCAAAGCAUUGAAAUCAAACUCACCAGGAAUAUCCAAAUGUCACUCGUCGAUGUUGAAAAUCAAAGACACGGUGAAGGAGAUUGAGGCAGCAUGUCUGUCGGCAUCGAGAGGUCAACUGAAAGCGUACAAACCGGGAACGUUUUUUGAAUUGCAGAUCAAGAUGGCGGCCUCUGUGGAGGCGGUCUCUGAUUGUGUGGGGACGCUGAGUGUGUCUACUCGGGAAUCUUUGGACGAAUUGGGACACUCUGCUGCAAGUGCUGCCUCACUUCUUGUCUCACUUGCCUCUCUUGCUGUGGACACUGCUUCCACUGUGUCGAGUGAUCGGCAUCAAGUGGAUUUGCUGCAGAAGACGAAGAGAUUGUUGGAGGCGAUUUCGAGUGUGAUAGAAGAGGGUAGAGAAGCGGAUGGACAUUAUGAUGAUUUGGAAGAAUCUGUGGGUGUUGCAAGAGCUGCUGCUGAGUCUCUUCUGGCCGCAUUAGAAGACUCUACGUCAGUUGGAGCUGUAGUGAAGAAGCUGGUGGAUGAGAUUAAACAUGCAGGAGCUAAAAUUGAUGAUCUUCACUUUGACGACGAGGAGAGAACAUUCAUGGAGUGUCAAGAAGGCAUGGCCAAGAAGGUAAAACUAGUGGCGCAAAAUGCGGAAAAAGUCGUCACUACGAUGGGCUCAAAUACAAGUGAAAUUGGUCACUUGUGUGUUGACAUGACACACGCUUACACUCAACUUGCGACUCUUUGCCGAGCAGCUCAAGCAACUGCUGAUCAUUCGAAUGAAGACGAUGUGGCUGUCCACUUGAAGGGUGUUGUUCAAGACUUGGGUGAUAGUUUGAUCAAUCUUGUUCAGACUGCAAGUGAUAUACAGAAACACACUUACAAUUCAUCGGCCAAACAAAAACUUGUCAAUCAAGCUCGAGAAGUCUCCUCUAAGGUGGCUUUAGUCUUAUAUCCACUUCAGACAGCUUCUCGAGCAAUGGAGGCAUGCGCAGAUACCGUAUUCACUGUCGAGGCAAUCAUUGCUGAUCUGGACGCCACACUACUGUCCGCAUCUGUGGGAACUCUAGAUGAAGAAGAUCUCGAUGGCACUAUGUUUGAUGAGCAUCGUGAGGCUGCUUUGAGAGCAGCUAAGGCUCUUAUUGAGGAGGCAAAAAACUUGGUUGGUGCAACAGCUGCCUCUCCUGAUCAGUUGGCUGAUUGUGCACAGAGCAGUGCUGAGUUAUUGACGUCUCUGGCUGGUCAUGUCAAGAAGGGAGCUGUUGUUCUAACUCAUAACAAGCAAGGCCAUCUUCGUCUCCUAAAUGCUGUGAAAGAAGUGGCGUCUUCUCUGGGUGUGCUUGUGACUGCAUCUAAGAAUGCAUCUGGUCACAGCAUUGAUGAUCCCUCCACCAACUAUCUGCGUUCUUGUGCAAAACUGAUGGUAGCCAACGUGUCAACGUUACUGCAGACCUUCAAGACAGUUGGCGAGAAUGGAAAUGCUGCCAUUGGUGCACAGACUGUAGAGGAUACUAUCGCAGUAAUAGACAAGCAGCUGAUUAUUUUUGAAGACUCAAGUCUUCCUUUGCCAAGCGAGUCGAGUGACGAUCUGGUGACUGCUGCUCGAGGUAUCGCCACGGCUGCAGCAAAGGCAGUUGCCGCUGGAAAUUCCGGCUUGCUGGGAGAUGUGACGCUGGCUGCAGACGUGGGAAAAGAAGCAGUAGUGAAGAUGUUGGUCGUCUCCAAGGCGGCUGCCUCACAUGCACAGAGUGCUGACACUCGUUUAGCAUGUCUAUCUGUUGGCAAAGAAUGCGCCCUGGCUUUGCGAGCUUUGCUUGAGCUUGUACACACUAUAUUGUUCAAGCCGUCACGAGAGAAUCGCGCAAAGCUUAUUCCACUCUCUCAGAGCGUAUCAUUGAGUGUGUCGGUUGCUAUCAAGUUGGCCAUGACAAUUACAGGUCUGCCUGCCACUCAACCCUCAACACCAACGAUCAACGUCAAGGCCGAACUCCAAACUGCAACAUCGUCAGUCGACACAGCAGUAAAGGCUCUAUCGGCACUCAAACGGAGGAGCUUCUCCGACAGUGCGGCGCACGAUUCCCAAGAAAUUGGUGGAUACACCUUGAGAACUACCAUCGCACUCGGAGCCGCCAUUGCUGCACUAAUGAGGACAGCAACGGCAGUGUAUCAAGACCUCGUAACUCAAGAGGAAGUCGCGCCUCAAGGAGUGAACGGGUCACGUGACAGUCAGUGGGCACAAGGAUUAGUGACUUGUGCAAGGAUGGUUGCAAUGGCUUCUCAGACUCUUUGUAACUCGGCUGGUGCUGUGAUUCAGGGUACUCCCUGUCAGGAUAAACUCGUGGCGGCUGCAAAUGCUGUCUCCAGCUCCACUGCUCAUCUUAUAGUCACUUGCCAAGUUAAAGCAAAUCCCGAGAGUCAGAACUUUCAGCGUCUACAGGCUGCAGGGCAGGCUGUUGCCAGGUCGUCUGAGAGCCUUGGCAACGCUUUUGCCGAGCCCAAAGUCGCAUCGCCUGUGAGGUACAACAAUUCCGACGCCACACUAACGAAGGCAAUUGCCGAAGGACUGAGUGCGCAAGAGGGCGUACUGCGCAAGCGCAGAGAGAUCACUCAAGUGGAAGAGAGACUGGAGGCUCUGCGGCGAUCUCGAUUCGGGCAUUUCUCUACUUCCAGUUAGCGUGAUUACCGAGUUGUUCGCUUUGUAUUCUCACUUUCUAUUCGAACUCUAUAAUAAUAACUUUUGUUAUAUUGGUUAUGCCGUCCUAGUGUAUUGGUGAACACUACUAGUAUAUCUAACACGAGCUGUGCUGGUUGAUAUUAAUAUUUUUGUUGCAUAGUUGGUUGUUGGCUGUGUGUAAUAGCCGACAAUAGAAAUAAUAUUACAAUAUAUUGUGAAGCUAGUCGUUGCGCAUGCGCUA